CCACCAUUUUGGACAAAACAUGAAAAAGUUGUAAGUCACAAAGAACGAAAGGUCACGUUCAAUCUUCGUUUUGCUGAGGCAAACUACGUUAAAGAGCAAAGACAACCCAACAAGGCUAUCUGAUCUGAUACAACACUAGUGCCAAAAUCCAUCUUCACACAAACACAAAAGCUUCAAACUUUGCCUCCAAUUCAGCGACCCACUUGCCGGAAUCCCAUUUCCCGGCCGAGAAUGGCGCUGGAGAGUGACAAAACGGGUUCUGAUGGGAAAGUUUGGAGCUUUUGCAGCAUGCCAUUUUGGCAAACAACUCAUGCUUCUUCAUCUUCUUCUUCAACUUCUUCUAUGCAUAAUAGUGUUCACCAUCAGAGUCAGAUUCUUCAGUCUCUUGAUAGAUCCACUCAUCCACCUUCCACCACUGUUUCUUCCGUGGCUAAGUCUCUUCUCCCAACAAGGAGAAGGCUCCGUUUGGAUCCUCCCAACAAGCUCUACUUUCCUUAUGAACCUGGUAAGCAAGUUAGGAGCGCCAUCGCAAUUAAAAACACUUGCAAGUCUCAUGUAGCUUUCAAGUUUCAAACAACUGCACCCAAGAGUUGUUAUAUGCGCCCUCCAGGUGGUAUUCUUGCACCUGGUGAAAGUAUAAUUGCAACUGUAUUUAAGUUUGUGGAGCCACCAGAGAACAAUGAGAAACCAAUUGUUGAUCAAAAGAGCAGGGUUAAGUUUAAAAUCAUGAGCUUAAAAGUGAAAGGCGAAAUGGACUAUGUACCAGAACUGUUUGACGAGCAAAGGGAUCAUGUAGCAGUAGAGCAAAUUUUGCGUGUGGUUUUUCUGGAACCCGAACGCCCUACCCCUGCUAUGGACAAACUUAAACGCCAGCUGGCGGAGGCCGAGGCCGCGUUGGAAGCAAGAAAGAAGCCCCCAGAGGAGACAGGUCCUAGAGUAGCUGGAGAAGGACUUGUUAUAGAUGAAUGGAAAGAAAGAAGAGAAAGAUACCUGGCCAGGCAGCAGGUUGAAGUGGUAGAUUCAGUGUAAAAUAUUUGUUUCAUUUUUUUGGCUUGUCCUUAAUGUUCACCGAUUUGUAUGUUCAGAAAUUGAAUUCCUCGGCCACUGAUGUGUCAAAUGUGGUUGAGUGACCUAGUGAAAGUGCUCUAAAUAGAUAUUGUGAAAGCAUUUCUUUGUUCUAUUUAGGUAGCAUGUUUGUGGUGUUAGAUGUGAUUGAAUCAAUGAUUGGUGGGUGGUACUUAAUUAUACUUCUGCAUCAGCUCUUGUAAUUUGUAGAUAGAUAUCUACAAAUGAAAUUGAUCUUAGCAUCAUUAAUGUUGUAUUUUCAUGAAA